AUGCAAUCUGCUGGCGCUCUACUUUGGGAGUUGAAUCUACCAACUGAUUUUGAUCGUCCAUGGGAUCUGCGAGGAUCUCUUAGCGUUACAAAAGUGCUCUAUAGACAUCACGAUUACUGCGAAAAAUUCCUUGACGAUCGACGACUUCUUCAAUACUUGGACUCGCAAAAGACUGAUCUGGUUGUGUUUGAUAAUUUCAUGCAGGUAUGUAUGUUUUCGAAACAUGGAAAAUGACU